UUGAAGAACAAAACUAAUCUGUGAGGAUUUGUGACAAUUGAAAGGCUCGUUGUGAUUUUAAAACGAGCCAAUUUCUCCCAUCUUUUUCUGCUUUCUUUUUUUCUCUACAUGAUAAAUAGUGGUGUACACAGCCGUGUCUGCUCUACUAAAAUAUUUUGUAAAACUUUAUUUCCGACUCAUUUGCUUUGCAGUCCUCCCUUUUUUUGUGCUUGAUGAGUAAGUAGCUCUCUUGUUUGGUGAGUGUUCCAACAUUAUGUUCAAAGAUGUACGGCAAUCAAAUAUGAGCAGCAUGCUGAAAACUCAGGAAGAUCGGGUUGUUGAGCUCAAAGAAUGGGAGCAACGCUGGGAUGAAAACAGAAUCGGCUUUCAUAAGCCGCAAGUACACCAGUAAAGACUACAUACUGAUGCUGGAGAGUAAAAUUGACAAUGUUUUGGCUGGGCGGAAAGCAGUUCGCUUCUUCUUUCCUCUAUGUGGGAAAGCUGUGGAUAUGAAGUGGCUAGCAGACAUGGGACAUUCAGUGGUUGGAGUGGAAAUAUCUGAAAAAGCCAUUCAACAGUUUUUUGAGGAGAACAACUUGACCUACAUCGAGGAGCACGUUCCUGCUUUACCUGGAGCAAAGAUCUUCAAGAACUCAGAGAAAAACAUCUCUUUGUUCAACUGUGAUCUGUACAGCUUAUCCAGUUCAAUUGUGGGUCAGUUUGGGGCUAUCUGGGACAGAGGAUCUCUCGUGGCCAUCAACCCAAGAGACAGAGAAAAAUAUGCUUCACUCAUCAUUUCUUUGAUGGCCAAUGACUGCAGAUACCUCGUGUCCACGUUGAUGUACAAUCCUGAACAUUAUAAAGGGCCCCCUUUUGUUGUGCCUGGUGAGCAAGUCUCUUCCCUGUUUGGAAAAAGGUGCAAUGUAGCGCAGCUCCUAUCCGAGAAUGUCACAGAAGACAGACACCGGGCUUGGGGAAUAGACUACCUGAUUGAGCAACUGUUCCUCAUCACUCCAAAGAUUAACUGAAAGUAGAUAAUCCUUGAUAAGUACACAUUUUUUGUGGGAAACUAUUAUUACUGAAUUUAUGAAUAAAAUACUUGCUUGGUAAUACAUUAUUUUUCAUGGCAAACAAAAAGUUGUUUUCACAGACAAUAUAGCAUGUGUGUAUCAUCACAACCAUUGCACAUCCAUCCAUCCUUUCAUCCAUUUUCUUAACCGCUUAUCCCCACGAGGGUUGCGGAAGUGCUCGAGCCUAUCC